UCUUACAUCUCAUCCUCAUCUCUUCUCGUCUUCCUCUUCUCUCUCUCUCUCUCUCUCUGCGAUCCUAGUGUGGGUAUAGUUUUCGGAGGUCCGGCGGAAACAAUGGCGGGGGGUGCGAUCGUCAACACCAGGGGUGGAAAAGACUACCCGGGGAAGCUCACUCUCUUCGUCUUCCUCACCUGCGUUGUCGCUGCCACCGGCGGUCUCAUCUUCGGCUACGAUAUCGGCAUCUCCGGUGGGGUGACGUCGAUGGACUCGUUCCUGGAAAAGUUCUUCCCGGAGGUGUACAGGAAGGAGAAGUUGGACAAGAGCACCAACCAGUACUGCAAGUUCGACAGCCAGCUGCUGACCACCUUCACGUCAUCGCUGUAUCUGGCGGCGUUGAUCGCCUCCUUCUUCGCGUCGACGGUCACGAGGACGUUCGGCCGUAAGUGGUCCAUGUUCGGCGGAGGGCUCGUCUUCCUUAUUGGCGCCGCACUCAACGGCGCUGCUAAGAACGUCCUCAUGCUCAUCCUCGGCCGCAUCCUCCUCGGCGUCGGCGUCGGCUUCGCCAACCAGUCCGUUCCCGUGUACCUGUCGGAGAUGGCGCCUGCUCGACUCCGCGGCAUGCUCAACAUCGGGUUCCAGCUCAUGAUCACCAUCGGCAUCCUCGCCGCCAACCUCAUCAACUACGGCACGGCUAAGAUCGAGGGCGGGUGGGGGUGGCGCGUCAGCCUCGCGCUUGCCGCCGUCCCCGCUGGCAUCAUCAGCCUCGGCGCCCUCUUUCUGCCCGACACCCCCAACUCCCUCAUCGAGCGCGGCCACCCCGAGGAGGCCAAGCACAUGCUUCGCCGCAUCCGCGGCACCGACGACGUCGAUGAGGAGUACGACGACUUGGUCGCUGCCAGCCAGGAGUCGAACCGGGUGAAGCACCCGUGGGCCAACAUCGUGAAGAGGAAGUACCGUCCUCAGCUCACCAUGACCAUCCUCAUCCCCUUCUUCCAGCAGCUCACCGGCAUCAACGUGAUCAUGUUUUACGCCCCCGUGCUGUUUAAGACUAUCGGUUUCGGUAACGAUGCUUCUCUCAUGUCUGCCGUGAUCACUGGCCUCGUGAACGUGUUCGCCACCUUCGUCUCCAUCUUCACCGCCGACAAGCUCGGCCGCAGGAAAUUGUUCUUGCAGGGAGGAUCUCAGAUGAUUGUUUGUCAGAUCAUUGUUGGAACCUUAAUCGCUAUCAAAUACGGUACCAGCGGGGAGGGGCACUUUUCCAAGGCCUACGCUGCAUUCGUGGUGCUGUUUAUUUGCGUCUACGUCGCUGGAUUUGCAUGGUCUUGGGGUCCCCUCGGAUGGCUGGUUCCCAGCGAGAUAUUUCCCCUGGAGAUCAGAUCGGCGGGGCAGAGCAUCAACGUAUCUGUCAACAUGCUCUUCACCUUCGUCAUCGCCCAAGCAUUCCUGGCCAUGCUCUGCCACAUGAAGUUUGGUCUCUUCUAUUUCUUUGGUGGAUGGGUGCUCAUCAUGACCAUCUUCAUCGCCCUUUUCCUUCCCGAGACCAAGAACGUCCCCAUUGAAGAGAUGAUCCUCGUCUGGAAGGCCCACUGGUUCUGGGGCAAGUUCAUUGCAGAUGAUGACAUCCAUGUCGGCAAUGUUGAGAUGGGCAUUGACAGAUCCAAAAUCUACGCAUGACUCAGUGGACUGUGUUAUUAAGCUAUAGAUAUAGGUUUUAGCAAACCCUUCAUCAGUAUUAGCUCUUAUCCUUUCACCAUCCUCUGAACUAUGUUAUCCUUUUUUCUUUCUUUUGGUUUCUUACCACUGCAAUAUACAGCGGCUAAAGAUUCUUGUUAAUCCACACCAUAUGAACCAUGCUCGAUUAGUGAUGGACAAA